AUGCGUGUGGGAUUCACAGAACAACCUCUUGCCGAGGGUAUUAUCGCUCGUUCAAACUUUGUCAAGAGAAAUACAACGCAAGAUCUAGCGACGCUGACACACUUGAUCGAAGCAGAAAUAUUGCCAAGGUAUGCCGGAAAAACCGACAAGAUGACAGGCGCAGCAAUUUCCAGAUUUCUAGUGGGUAAAGGCAAAAACAUCGGGCCGAGUGUUAUUUCGCGGAUCGAGAGUUCGAUUGAUGAGCGAUUGGGUGGUGAUAUGACUGACAGCUAUCCAAAGCUUGAGUCUUACCUGGGAUUAGUUGCUGAGAAAAACCCGGGCUCAAUAAUGAAGUUCGAGAAAUCCGAAAACGGAACGUUUAUUCGAGCAUGUUUUAUUCCAAACAUCGGAAUCCAAGUCGCCAAAAUAAGUCGUCGAUUGUAG